UUCUAGUAAUAUAUCUGAAACAGUCAUAUUGGUUUGAUGAUUGCUUAUAAGCCUAGAUAUAAAUUCUAAUUACGAACGUUGUUAAAUUCAAUAAAUUUUGUUUGACGUCUCUCAAUUAUUAUAAAAUUUUUCUUUUUUUCCUCGCGUACUUGGAAAGUAUGAUGUAUCGAAAAAUUGGUUCGGCUUCCUUGGAGGAUUUUCCAGAGAAAAUUAAAGUAAAACAGGGUAGUGUGAAAAAAGAACUUCAAAACCAAAAAACCAAAAAAAAUAUACUGCAGAAAGAAAAGUUAAAUAAAAAGGAAUCUGUGCGAACUACAAAAAAUGUGUCAAUAUUCGAUUGUGAUUCAAGAGUGAUAAACGAUUCAAAUAAUCGUCAAGAAAAUAAGUCAUACGAUGGUCAAAAUGUUAUAAAGUCGAUAAAAGUCAGUUCUAAUCAAAGGUCUAAAACUCAAGCAAAUGAAUGCAUCCUACAAAUAUCUGACACUGCAACUAUAAAGGAAAUUGUAUCGGAAGCUACUAAUAAUAGAGCAGAUGAAAAAGAAUCUAAUAAAAAUAUAUCAAAAAAGAAACCAAAAUCAGAACCUAAAACUAAGAGUACUGCUGUGCAAUCAAAGAAAUCUUUUCAAUUGCCACCAGGUGUAAAGUCACGUUCAAAAGUCUUUAGAAAUUGCAAAACUGAAAGAACGUUUCACGGUCCAAAAUGUGGAAAGGGUUCAAAUUCCGUUAAGCUUAAUAUUAAUGCAAAAAAUGAUAAACAAACGCUUAACUUAUUGACAAAUAAAAAAACAGAAAAUUUUAAGUACCCAAACAAGUCAUCCGAAAUGAUAAAUUCAACUAGUCCAGAAAUAACUGGAGGUAAACAAUUGUCAUACAAUAAAAAUACCAAAGAUCAAGAUGUGCAACAGCAAAAGAAAUUAUCGUCCACGAGUAUAUCGGGGACUGGGACAAUACCAAAAGACAGCAACAUUAAUCAAUCGUCUUCCCAAUGCUUUGCUACACCAACUUACUUCACAUCUAAUGGAGAAAUAUUUAAGCCAGUUGUAACAGAAACAGAUGCUAACAUAUUAUACAACAAUUAUGACAUAUAUCUUAAUGAAAUUGCGAAACAAAUAUCAACAAAUUUGAAUAUCUUGAGAGGAAACGCUUUCUCAGAGCAUUCCGAAGAUUUGGGAGAUGGAACGGCACCACCUGUGCUAGACUCCGCAGUGAACUCGCAAAUUGAUAAUGAUGGUAUAAUAGGUAUGGCACAUCCAUUUGAGAUUCCAAAACAUCUUACAGAUGCUGAUAUAAAGAAAGCGAUUGCAGACAUAUUUAACUCAACAUUAAAAAUUUCAUCCAAAAAAUGCUGUGAAAAUUUAAAAGAUGAUGAAAGCCGGUGUCAACCUGCAAAAAGGCAAUUUAUUCCAAAGCAAAAUAAUACUUUUAUUCCGAGUCGAGACUACACAAUUUCAAAGUCUGUUGAAGAACCCCUUUUUAUAAAUAUGAGUGCAGAUAAAGAAAAAAACAAACAACUUAAAUGCGAUUAUGAACAAAAAAAUGAUAAGCAGUGUGAACCAAUCACAGAGAAUUUAAUAAAUGUUGAAGAACAAGAAACAGUUGUUAAUAACUUAAAUAUAUAUAAUAGUUCAAAAUUAAAAUCUACCACAAAAUGCAAGAAAAGUAAAAUGCCACGUAAAUCAUCCAUGGACAUGUUUAUGGCUACUCCAAUAUCGCAAAAAAUGUUCAGUAAUUGCCCAAACAAGAAAUCCACAAAAUCAAAAGUUUGCACUACUGAAAGUAAAAAAGAAAUACCAGUUAAUGUAUUAACAGAAUCUAGCAGAAGCCUACAACAAACUGAACCCAUUUCAUCAUCCCAUUCUGUUCCAGAUUCGAAAGUUGAUAUUACAAAGAAAUACACACUUCCGAAACAAAGCACGAAGUCCAAUAAAGGUAAAUAUCAACACAAAUUUAACUCAGAAAGUUCCGAAACUACUCCAGAAGUUAUGGGUAAUACUUUAGAAAAAAAUAUGGCUGUACUAAAAAAUUUCGCUUUACAUAUUAACAAUAUAAAAAUGCAAUCUAAAGACAAUAACGAAACUGGUUCAACCGCGUCCAAACCAUUAGAUGAUAUUACAAAAAACCGACAACGUCAAGAGGAAAACAAUCCAAUAAAAUACGUUGAAUUUCUAGAAAACAGUUUGGAAUAUAAUAUUGAUUUGAAGAACAAUAGAAUUGUUCGGGUCGAAAUACCAAAAAGAAACGAACCUCUACAAACUAAGUCUUAUAAAAGAGGUGAAUACCUACAUACAACACCUAGAGAUGAUUCUCCAGUAAGCUCAACUGAUGCCCGUGUAUUCUUAGAAAAUAACUCCAGUCAAGGAGGUGAUUAUCUUCAUAAUACACCAAAAGAUGAAACUUUAGUACGCUCGAAUCUGUGGAAUAACUCUGUUGAUAGAGGUGAAUACCUUCAUGCAACACCAAACCAUGAACCUACAGCACGGUUAACUGAUAAAUCGAAAACUCUACGAAACAUUUUGCUCAAAAUAAAUGAAUAUCUGCGUACGAUUAAUGAUGAUUCUGUAACCCGUUCAACUAAUACAUGUGGAUCUGAUAGUCUUCAUAAAAAGCAAAAUAUUAAUAAAAAGAAAUGCAAUAAGAGUCGUUCCCAUUUAAUGAAUAUGCAAGAACAUGGUAGCUCAGGUAAUAUUUCACAAUACGGUGUUGAAAAAAAUAUUAGUUAUGAUUUCCCUAAAAAAGAUUUGAAUAUCGAUAAUACUAUAAACAACCAACAAACGGAUCCAAAUGACAAAAACUUUCGAAUGCAACGACCGAAAAAAGAGCAUGUUUGUGAUCCAUGCAACAUACAAAUCAAUUCUGGAAUCAAUAGUUCAUCCCCAGAAACAGCACCAUUAUUCAACACUAUUCAUGAUGACAGCGAACCGAGUAUCUUAUACAACAGUUGCGACCUGUCGAAUGGUCAGAAUUUAAACAGACCUAAUUCAGGAGAAGAUGAUAAUUUCAUGUAUAAUCCAUAUUCGAAUAGUUACAAUUAUAAUUGUAAUGAAUUUUAUAAAGAAUAUACAGAUCAAUUUGGUAACGCACCGAAAAAUACUAAGAGUAGUCAAUUUGGAAAUUCAAAUUUUAUGUCAUCUCGUCUUACUGAAAAUAUAGAACAUAACAUGAGAAGAUCACAAGGAUGUGAUGGUUUUUCCACAAAUAAUUUCGGUUUUCCAAAUAUAAGACAAUCCCAUCGAAUGAAGAGUUCAUAUCCAAGGUGUUCACAGCAAAUGUCCAGUAAUAUGAAUGCAUCACAGUAUCUCUAUAUGAAUAAUUCAUUUCCGAGAUCUUCACAUAUAGUGACUGGCAAUUUAACAAAAACUUUUAAUAGAAUUACUACAUAUCCUAGAAAUCCACAAAUGAUACCUCACUUUGCAAAUACACUUUUUCCUAGGAAUUGUGCACAUUCAGUUUAUCCACAAAUGUCAACUCGAACUUCAACGAUUAAUACGACAAAUAAUGUGUAUCCGCAAUGCAUUCAAAUGAUGUCUCCCAACGUUAUGGGUACUACUCAAGUUUUACUUCAUCAACGGAAUGUUAGACAUGUGCAGCAAUUAUCAACAGUUCUUUGUAGCCACACAAAUCCAAGCAGUGAAUUGCAUAGUACUAUUUCGCAUUUAAUACCUGGACGACGUCCAACACUUGGUCGCGGUGUUAGACAAAUGCCAAGAAUAAACGAUCCUGAAGCAAGGUCUCCAUUGAAUUCACUAUUCUUACUCUCAAGUGCUGGAGAAUUGAGGUCACCUAAAUUUAAAAGCAGCCAUCAUGCUAGACCUUGAGAUGGCGGCUGCCGAUUUUAAAUGAUUGGAAAUGUUUUUGUCGCUAUCACUUUAAAUGUGUUCCAUAAAAGAGAAU